CGGCUUCAGUUAGCCAAUAGGCACGGUUCAUGCGGAGGCGCGCAACUUGAUUCGGGAAGUACUCAAUUCAUUUUCGUGUCGUGUUUGUGCUAGCAGGGGAAAAGCCACGAGAAAUCCACAAAUAGACAAGUUGCGCUGGGUUAAUAAGGAAGACAUUGGAGCUGAAAGAUGUCCGCUGGUGCCGAGUUUACACUCGUGUCGUCGCUUGGGAAGGGCGACAGCUUGCGUCAACAGGUUCUCGCCUCCUUCCCUCUGUGUGACAUGACGGAGGAGGAUCUGACCAGGAACCCCCAGUUCUGUAAGCUCCUGGCCACCCUGGCUCAACAUGUGGACCAAACCGGACUCACUGUGUCGCUGAAGACAGAGCUGGACAAGGCUGAACAGAAGCUGCAGAGCCAGAGGCGUCACUGGCUGCGCUCUGAGAGCCUCCACCGAGGGCUGCAGGAGAUGAUCCAGGACCACUGUGUCAGGAAGCACCAUGCCACUGUACCCCCUGACCAGAACAUGUUCUAUGAGACGAUGGAGAAGUGUCUGCUGGUGGCCCAGUGUGUCAGACAGCUAGAUCCCAGUAGCACUACCAACCAGGACCAGCCCUCUGUUCUGGGCCUGAACACCAAACAGGUGAUGGAGCUCAUGCCGUCAGAGAAGAAUGUACAAAGAAUGAAACAGAGUCUACCCAGAGAGCUGGAGAAACAUCUGAAGAAAAAGUGUCUGAACCUCCUCUGUUACUAUCAACCUGAAUGGGAGAAUGAUAGUGAGGGUCUGAAGAAAAGCAAGUUGUGCCAUCUGUCAGUCCAGCUGGACAAAGAGAAGAAAAGAGCAGAGAGUCUGAAGGAGACCUGCAGGGAAAACACAGUCCUCCUGCUGAGACAGACUCAACUCUACCUCUCUGAGCUGACAAAGUGUAUUCAGCUUCUCCAGUCUUUCAUCUUGGACCACAGGCUGAAGAUCCAGACAGAUUUGGACAGGAAGAAGUUGGACUACUUUGAAGGCAAAUGUGAAUUAGUCUUACAGAAGAUAAAGGCUGAGAUGGUGGAAAUCCAGCUGGACACAUACACAGCUGACUUAAUAUCUGCUCAUAGAAAGAUAAGGGAAAAGUUGGAGUCUGAGCUGAAGGCCUGUCAGGUGGAGAAGCAGUCUGUGGAGUUAAAACUGGCCUCCUUUGAGAUCUUGGGCAAAGAGUUUGAGGCCCUGGCCGAAGAGUACUGCAGAUUACGGCAGGAGAUAGAAAUGAAAAACUGGGCUCUGAGGGAGUUCACCCAGUACAAUAACAAGUGAAGAUCACGUCUGAUGCUGGGACAACAGCCGGCCAUUACCUGUUCGCAGCAUGUCAUUGCUCACAAUGACAUGCUGGCGUUUGGACGCUUGACACAUGUAGCAUGUAGCAUGUACAGUAGUGAGUGUGUUAACUGAAGGCUACCAUUAGAGCUCCUAACUUUAAACUGUUGUUUCAUUCACUUCAAUAAAUUAAAUUUUCCUGA